UAAAGUGUCCCCGGUGGCAAGCAAAUUUCCUUCCCAAGGCCACGGCAACUUUGAGUCCGAAGGCAAGGAUGUAAUCAGUUGUGCUUCGAAGCAAUAAGAAAAUUGGCUCUUUUUAGCUCCAGAUAAGUUCCCAUCAUCGUUGCAUGUGUGUCGUGUGUCAUUUGUUACGUGUUUAGUUGAAAAUAGGCAUACAUUUAAUUCACUAUGGGUCGUAAUGUUCUAGUAAGCAGCUUGCAGAAUGCGUCCUUCAGCAUCAUUUUCCAGAUUUUAUGUCGAUGUAUAACAUUUGCCAUCAACGCAUUCAUUGUGCGGAACGUUGGGCGGGAAGUGCUGGGAAUCACGAACGUUCGGUUACUACUGCUAGAGAGUACUCUGCUUUUCCUUUCGAAAGAGGCAAUCAUCCGAUCCGCUCUCAGUUCGAGCCAUAACAAGCAAUGCAGUUGGGCACAACUUAUAAACCAGCUAUGGAUAACCGUUCCCGUGUGUUUUAUGCUUGCCAUCCCUUGCUUAUACAUUUGGCUUAACUGGCUUUCGGCAGUUGAUGCUAUCUAUGCCGAACAGUAUCGGUUCGGUUGCUUCGCGAUUGCCUUUUCUUGUAUCAUCGAAAUGACGGCAGAAGCACCAAUUUUUGUGGGACAGGUGUUUUGUUUUGUGAAGCUUAAAGUCAUUCUCGAUACCGGACAUAUCUUCAUACGAUCGUUCAUUUUCAUCUUGAUUGUGCUGAUGAACAAAGACGUUACAAUCUACGCUUUUGGAAUCGCACAAAUCACCAGUGCGUGCACAAUCAUCGUCGGAAACUAUGCGUUCUACUAUUUCUACAUACCGAAAUUGCUACGCUACCGUAAAGAACUAAAAAAGGUGGAUGAUAAGUAUGUGCUGCGUGAUCGGUAUGGACAGCACUUUGAAAAUAUGGACGAUUUCCCGUUUGUUUCCAUCAAACAAAUGCUACCGGGAGUGUUACCCAAUUCCAACUCCAUUUUCAAUUCCGAUCUGCAAACGCUGGUACUUAGCUUUGCAAAGCAAGGCAUCCUAAAGCAGGUGUUGACUGAGGGUGAAAAGUAUGUGAUGUCUGUCAGCCCGGUGCUGACAUUUAGCGAGCAGGCAACAUAUGAUGUCGUUAACAACAUGGGUAGCCUAGCUGCUCGGUUCAUCUUCCGUCCAAUAGAAGACAGCAGCUACUUUUAUUUCACCCAAACUAUUGCACGCGAUAUGACACUAGUGGAACAGAAGCGUGAAAUGGUGCAGGAAGCAUCGGACGUUCUUGCGUACGUUAUGAAAACGGUGACCUCAAUCGGUCUGCUAGCAUUCGUUUUUGCGCAAAGCUAUUCCGGGACGGUAUUGCUACUGUAUGGUGGAGCAGAUUUUGUCGAAGGUGGGCUUCCCGAGCUAUUGCUCCGAUGGCACAGUCUUGCAAUCGUUCUACUUGCCCCGAACGGUAUUUCCGAGGGGUAUAUGUUUGCGACGAACACAUCGAAACAAAUCGAUACGUACAACUACUACAUGGCUUUCUUCUCCGUCACAUUUCUGUUGCUGUCCUACCAGCUUACUAACUGGUUCGGACCGGUCGGAUUUAUAUUGGCAAAUUGCUGCAACAUGAGCUUCCGUAUCAGUUAUAGCGUCUUCUAUAUUAACAAGCACUUCCGGACGGUGGGAAUGAUACCGUUACGAAAAUCUUUGCCGGGGCCGAUGUACCUCAGCGUAUUGAUUGUAUGCGGCAUUAUCUGCAAGAUAUCCGAAUCGUAUUUUGGGGAACGAUCAAUUCUAUGGCAUCUGUUGAUUGGUGCUGUCUGCACGGGAUUGGCCGUUGGCACAUGGAGCUUUGAAAAUCGUGAACUAUUGCGCACGGGAUUGGCACGAUAUCGCACGCGAAAGCAGAGUCUGACACCGAACGAAACUCACGCGAAUUGAUUCUCUUUAAUUUGUCAACAUUGAAUCCGUACCAAAGACAGCGUAGGUGCAUAGCAUUCGCCUACGAUAACAAUUUUGUUAAACCAUUUUUUGUAUGUUUUGCUAAUGCCAUUGGCAGAAAACAUAUAACGAAGCUCUCCAAAUUUGCCUGCUCCUCUUUUGUGCACAACGAACAACAAAUGCGGUACCAUUAUAGAUACUGUAAAUUAGUAAAGAAUAAAAG